GCGAGCGACGAGCCCAGCCGAGCCAUGGCGGCCGUGUCGCACACAAUCGCUCGUGGCUUUCACGAGGCGAACACGGUCGCUCCGUACGACGAAGAAUAAAGAUAAUUUUUGUUCAUCGUGUUCCUCGUUCCCGUCGUUCUCGUCGCGCAUUUUAUCCACGAAGAGAACAUCUCUUUCUCUUUCGUAAAGGACGAAAUUAGAACGUAGAAAGUGUCGUAGUGUAAAGCGACCUGUCAAAGAGCGCGCUCCUUUUCGUGAUUCUUUCUCUCUCCCUCGAAAGAUAAAGAGAGAGAGAGAGAGAGAGAGAGAGAGAGAGAAAGAGAGAGAGAGAGCGAGAGAGAGAAAGAGAGAAUCACACGACAUACACAUAUAUAUACACACACACAAACGAUACUUUGUCGCGUCGUGUCAGGCGUCGCGCGUGCACGACUUGGCAGCGCGACGCCUCAGUUUUUACCAGAAGAAAUGAUCCCUUUGAGAAAAUUCUUCUAAAGGGCUCAAGAACAAGAAGAAAAGAAGAACGAGAGAGAGAGAGAGAGAGAGAGAGAGAGAAAAGAAAGAAAAAAAAAUUAAAAGAAAAAAACUCUUCACUAUCUCUCUCCCGGGGCUACACACGUGUCAUCGUUGUUCCAACGUUUUUGACGGGCGCAGACGCGAUGUCGCUGCUCGAACUGACGUCGAUUCUUUUCCUCGUGCUUGCCUCACCUGCCUCGGGAUACUUCAAUCUUUUUCUCAGUCAGGCAGAAGUACGCAAACUAAUGGGUCUCCAAGCGGAAUUGUUUUACGUCAGAGAAGGUGUGAUCAAUGAAUAUGCAAUUAAAUUCGUUGUACCGGUUCCCGCUCAAGUUCACAAGUUGCAUUUCACAUGGCAAAAUCUCGCCGGCAGACCGCUUCCUUAUACGAUGGACGUUGAUAUCAGCAAUCCAUCGGCAUUGAGUAGCUCCCUGAACAUAUCUCAAACGGGGGAGAUACCAGUUGGUGUUUUACAAACUUGGGCCUUAGCUUUACAUUGUGGCCCCUAUGACGCCGAAGUAGACCUUAGCCUACGGAUAAAUGUUUCCGUAUCGCGAAAGAACACAACGAGUUUAGAAUUUAGACGGAAGAAGAUCUGUUUGAAAGAGAAGAGUGGCUAUACCGGACCCGAAGAGGUUUUAGUCGCUGCUUCGGGUUCUACUUCCGGUGGACAGGUGUUCUAUGCAGCCAUCGGAUGUGCCUGUGCCUUCAUCGCUGCCAUAUGCGUUCUCGUAGUGGCCUAUUACGUUCGAGAUAAGAAGACUCGAAGGCAUAGGGAUCCGUUACAAGAGUCCAGAGGUCUCAGUUCAGCGUGUAGCGUAGAGCGAGGAACAGGGGUUGGUCCGGCGCAAACCUUUCUGUCUCCAGAAACUCCGCCACCCUCAGCGUCUGGAGCAUCAGCAUCCACUUAUAGAAGAUUAGACGACAGACCUAGUCGAGAGCUACAUGAAAGAAUUCAAGAGAUCACGGUACAAAGAUGCAGGGUGCGUCUUCUCAGCAUAGAAAUGGAGGGCACCUUUGGUCGCGUGUACAGGGGUAGUUAUCACGAGGAGGGUGCUUCGUCUCCGAGGGACGUUCUAGUAAAAACAGCCGCCGAGCACGCCUCACAGUCGCAAGUUGCCCUUCUUCUACGAGAAGGUUUAGCUCUUUACGGCUUGAGUCAUCCAGCCUUACUCCCUGUUCUUGGUGUCUCGAUCGAGGAUAGAAGCGCGCCCUUCUUACUUUAUCCUCAUACCGGUUACAAAAACAUGAAGAGAUUCUUACUAAGGUGCAAGCUGAGCAGCGAAGGGCCACCGAGGGCUCUUACCACUCAGGAAGUCGUCGAAAUGGCACUUCAAGCUGCCAAAGGGGUUCAGUAUCUUCAUAGGAAACGACUUGUCCAUAAAGAUCUCGCUGCGAGGAAUUGCGUGGUCGAUGAUGAUCUACGAGUUCAAAUAACGGACAAUGCCCUUGCUAGAGAUCUCUUCCCUCAGGAUUACCAUUGUUUGGGAGAUAACGAGAAUCGACCAAUUAAGUGGUUAGCUAUAGAGAGUCUACUUGGUAAAACGUUUACCACUGCAUCAGACGUUUGGGCAUUCGGUGUUCUCCUAUGGGAAUUAACUACGUUGGCACAACAACCCUACGUCGAAGUAGAUCCAUUUGAGAUGGCGAGUUAUCUACGUGAUGGUUACAGAUUAGCCCAGCCGAUCAAUUGUCCCGAUGAACUAUUCGCGGUGAUGGCCUAUUGUUGGGCCAUGUCUCCCGACGAGAGACCUACCUUUGGACAACUCAUAAUCUGUUUGCAAGAUUUUCACACGCAAUUAACGAGAUACGUUUAAUGUUCGUUACGAAAAAUAGAAAAUAACUCGUUUAGCUUAUCGAACGAAAUCGAAGUAAAUCGUCUUUUUCUUUUUCUUUCUUUCUUUCUUUCUUUUUUUUGUUUUGUUCGAAAAGAGAGAUGUGUGUGCGUGUGUUUGUGUAUAUAAUAUCUGUUAAACAGGGUGACCAAUAUUAAUCUACACAAUAUAAAUAUUUCAAAAAGUAGAUAAAUAUAUAAAGAGAAAUGAAAUAUGCGAGAGAGAGAGAGAGAGAGAGAGAGAGAGAGAGAGAGAGAAAAGAAGAAAUGAAACAAAAUCAAAAUGUGUUCAUUUUUAUGUAUUUCAGUUUAUUUUCUUUUUUUUUUCUUUCUUUUUUUUUACAAUUCUACGUAAAAAGACUUUCCAAAUUUCAUUGUUCUUUUUUUUAUUUUUUUUUUUUUUGAUUUUUGGAUCACUCUGUAUAAAAUACUUGCUAUUAUCUCGUUCAAAGUACUUACUCUUGCAAAUUCGCACGUCGUUUUCACGUGUCGCUUAUUUUAUUCGAAAUCGAAUAACUCGAAUAAUCCAUGCGUUAAGUAUCGAUCCUAUCCAACUGCCGGCAAGCAUUUCGUCUUUCCUUCGCCAUAUCAGCCAUAAUACGUAGCCUAGAUUUGAGGGAAUGGUCAAGUAUGAUAUUUAUGUAAAUGAUAAUCGGAAUGUCAUGAUUAGGAAUAUCGAAAAGCGAUCAAUCUUCUUCUAUUUAUGAGAGAUUUAAAAAGAGCAUUUCAUCGAAAUAAAUUCGAUAGUCUGCAUAUAACAUAGUGUGUUGUAUGUGUGUGUAUAUAUACAUAUACAUAUAUACUAUAUAAAAUAGCAUUGUGCAUUUACAAUCAAUCAGCUUUUUGUAUUGCUCGAAUGAGAAAGUUUCGAAUGUUCGUAGAAAAAAAAAAGAAAAAAAAAAAAGAAAGAAAGAAAGAAAGAAAAAAGAUAUAAAAAAAGAUGAAAAAAGGGAAAAAAAGGAAGAAAAAAAAAUCGCGUAUACAUAGGAAAGAGAAAAAGAAUGCUUCCCUUGCCACGCUAGUCUUUCGACUGUGCCAAUUCCUUUUGUAUUUUUGUACAUACUUACUUGUAUUAUUAAUUCGCCGUGCGCACCGUAUAUCUAUAUAUGUAUAUUUAAUAUUAUAAAUGGCGUAAAUAAUCUUACGCUUAAAAAAAAAAAAGUCCAAUCAGAGGAAAAUAUGAAAUGAAAAGAUAUUCUUUAUGUAAAUAUAUAUAUAUAUAUAUAUAUAUAUAUAUAUAUGUAUAUAUAUAUAUACACAAACGACUAUAAAUUUGCGUUUAUUGAGUCGAGAGAAUCGGAGCGUUUCAAAAUAAUUUUAACUUUUUAUUAUUAAUAUCGCUGAGAAAUAAAGAAAAAAAAAAGAAGGUUAUAGGUUAUUUUCAUUUGCUUCGUUUCUCUUACGACUCGUCGAACUUAUUAUAAGUAUUCCUUAAGAAUCGCUAUGAAUGUACAAACUCGCCAGGAACGUUGCAAGUCAAGAAAAAAAAAAAACAUAAAUAAUAAAUUUAUAAUGCGAACGUAAAAAAAAAAAAAAAAAAAAAAAGAAAAAAAGGGGUUGAAAAAAAACGAAA